AGUACCUGCAGACACAACUGUAAACAGAAAGAUGAGCGGAAAACCGCCACCGAAGAAAAGGGAAGGAAACGAGCCUUUUGAACUCGAACAACAGUUUAUAUUGAGAUUACCACCAGGGCCAGCGAUUGCUCUACGGCGGGACGUACAGUCUGGGUCUAUGGCUCUAAAGGACAAGAUUGGUAUUGAGUUGCAGCAUGAUAUGAGGACUUGUCGUGUCCGAUAUGGAGGAGAUAUUUUUAAUGCCAAGCUUGUUGACUUGCCGUGCGUCAUUGAAUCCUUGAAGACUGUGGACAAGAAGACCUUCUACAAAACUGCAGAUAUCUGUCAGAUGAUGAUCUGUACGUAUGAUGAGGAAACGCCACAGGAAGAAGAAAGUCCGAAGAAGAAGGACAAGGACAAGAAAUAUGCCUGGAAUCACGGCAUUACGCCACCUCUCAAGAAUGUGAAGAAAAGAAGAUUCAGGAAAACCUUGAGGAAAAAGCACAUAGACCAGCCCGAGACGGAGAAGGAAGUGAAGCGCUUGUUCCGCUACGAUGCCGAGGCCAUCGACGUCCAGUGGGAGGUGAUCACAGAGGAGGACAAGUCCAACACCCAAGACAACAACAGCCAAGGUCAAGGCCAGGUCAUUGAGGCCAGUGGCAGUUUCCACAAGGAUGAAUCACAGAUGAAGAGAGGUGACACCAGUGUGUCCCUGGAUCCUGCGUCCUAUUUUGGUGAGGUGAGCAGUUCUGAGGACGAUGAAGACCGUGACAUCAACAUCAUGGACAGCGGUGAGGAGGAGACAUCACAUGGGCCGUCCACGCCGAGAGUGGGCUUCACCAGCAUUGACAGGAUGACCAGCGAGAGCAUGGACGUGGGGGACUCCGAUACAAAUGAGCUGAGCAGCAAGCUGACUGAGCUGACUCAACAGCUGGCCGAGAUUCAGCUGAAGAAGACAGAUCUAGAAGAACAGUUGGCAAAAACAGACUCACUCGAGGAGAGGGACAAGCUGCAGGAGGGGCUGCUGCAUCUGGUGCAGGAGGAGGGCCAGAAGGAGAGAGAGUUUGAAAUCCUAUCAUCUAUGCUGAACCAAUGAUGAGUUAUUAGGAGACAAGUGAGGCGAGACUGGCCCAAGUGCUGUUGUGUGCGCUAAAGAAAGAAGGGAGAUAACUCUGACAGUCCUCUAUCUCCCAGAUAGCCAUAGUCUGUCAUGAUGAAAUGGAGAAAUUCACUAACAAGCUGCAAUCACAGUCCUGUCACUUGCAGGAGAAGUAAUGUCCAGUGUUCCUUGAUAUGGGUGUGAGGAAAAUCUUCUUAACCAAGAGUUGCAUAGACUAGUUGUACCCUGAUCCUGGUUCCACUUCCCUGUGUGGAUUCUGGUUGAGAAUCGGUCCCCAGCAACCUAUGUUAUACCAAGAGGAGAUCAAAUUGAUUGGAUGAUCAGACUUGGUGCUUUGGUUUAUCGUGUGUCAUCGUACCUGACGACAUGGAUCGUUGCUCAUAGCAUCAAUCGCUGGAUUGUCUGGUUGAAAUUAUUUACACGCUGCUGUCAUAUGGGAAAUUGCAGAUAAGUGCAGCGUUAAACAACAAAGAAGCAGGUUAGAGUUACCACAUUGGUACAAUGUAUGAAUCCUAGAAAAAGUAGUGCAAGGUUUUUUCACCUUAUAUCUGCCGGUGUAGGAACAUUCGUGACCAACUCGUGUUAUUCCGGGACAAGCCGAAUAGCAACUUGUGCCCCCCUCAUGGACAUUUUUGCGACCGGGCUCCGUCUUAGCACAGACAGGCAUACCUAAAACAAUUGUCAACACGUUGUGUAAUGGUUCACAUAUAUUUCCCCAUAUAUUUUAUAUAUUUCAGAUGCAAUUUAAAGCA